AUGAGUUCUUCUUCAUCGUCAGCGAAGCCUGAUGUGACCUUGAGCCUCACCUUGCCAUCCUCCCCAGCCCAUGAGACCUUCAAGCCUGAGGAGAGAGGCCUGCUCCUCAUCCAGCUCCUGCUGUCAUGCACCAGGAACGCGUCGUCGAACAACCUCCACUGGGCCGACGCCUGCCUCCAGAGGAUAUUGGAGCUCUCCUCUAUGACCGGCGACCCCAUGCAGCGGCUCGCCGCCUGGUUUGCCUCCGCCCUCGCGGUCCGCAUCGUCAAACGCUGGCCGGGAAUCUACAGGGCGCUGCUGAGCCAUGCUGAGCGGGAUGGGCCGACAGCCCCUCCGGCCCGGCCCAUCCUUGCUCCGGCCUUCCCAUGCCUUGCUUUCACCUGUGCCGUCGUAGCCCGGAUCUUGCUUCGAGCCCUGGCCGGGGAGCGGGCGGUUCACAUUGUGGAUCUGGGCUCAGGUGACCCGGAAUUGUGGGUUCCUCUCCUCAGGGGCCUAAGCCAAGGGCCAGAUGGGCCUCCUCAGUUUAGGCUGACUUGUGUGUCCGCUAGAAGAGAUGUUUUGGACAUUUUGGGUCAUGCCCUUGUCAAAGAGGCUGAGAUCAUGGGCAUGCCCUUUCAAUUCAACCCUGUGAAUGUGUCCUUAAGAGAGCUGACCGAAGAAAUGCUCCGACUGAGAUCAGGAGAGACGUUGGCAGUAGUGUCAAUGCUGGGCCUCCAUGCUCUACUAGCCGAAGAGGACAGAAUAGAUGCAGACUUUGGAAUGAUCAAGAGUGAUUCCGUCAAGGAAUCCAAGCGAGUGGGCGAAUUCCUGAGCAUGGUCCAGUCGGCAUCACCGAGAGUCUUCUUCCUGGUCGAGCAGGAAGCCGACCACAACGCGACCCGCCUGGUCGACCGGUUCGUCGAGGGCCUGCACUACUACAGUGCGGUGUUCGAUUCAAUAGACGCUGCCCUCGGGGGCAGCUGCCCCGAGGAGCGGCUUGCCCUGGAGGAGAUGUUCGGGAGGGAGAUCGAGGACAUCGUCUCUUGCGAGGGCUUGGAGAGGGAGAAGAGGCACGAGAGGUUCGCGAGGUGGGCGGUGAGGCUUGCCUAGGCCGGGUUCAAGCCGGUCCGGCUGUGGCUUAACGCCAUGGAGGAUGCCAAGGUCGCAGUUGAGGCCCAUCUCCGAGAUGGCUACAAAGUCGUGACCGAGAGGGCUUGCACCAUGAUCUGUUGGCAUGAACGACCGCUCCUGGCGGUGUCUGCAUGGAGUUGUUAGGCCAUGAAUCUAUUUCUAUAAUUCCUUUUGUCCUGUUACUUUUGAAGUUGUGUGUAAUUAU